AGUUAUGGUAGUGUAGUCAUCUUAACACCCCUUCACCCUCCCUAACGAAUCUACGACCUAGCUCCCGCACAACAAAUGAGCUGCCGUCCCGCAACGAGGCUUUAUGUGUCUGCUUCUUCUUCUUUAGCCCCAUUCUUACCCCCCAGUAUCUCUAUAGAUAGUCUUUCCUUGUUCCCAUAUGAGCAGACAUGUAAAACGCAUCAAAUUGCGCCCAACGUGUGGGGCUUUAAACGCUUCAAAUGUCGCCCAACGUGUGUGGCUCGACUCAUUUUUGGCCUCCUUCCGGCUCCAGUUGUAUGUAAAACGCUUCAAAUGGCCCCGGCAACGUGGGGCCUGUACUUUUUUUGGCCUCCCUCAGACCCCAUUUGCAUGUUCCCACUACCAUGUCCUUUUAGCCUCCUUUCGGUCUCAUUUGUACUACAACUGUUAGGCAGUGCCCGUCUUGGGUAGCCGAUCUCAGUUUGUGGUGCAAGUGUUUCCGAUAACAUGGAAGCUCGACUCGUGUCAUGUUUUGUAUGCCCAUUGUUACAAGUCUAACUUGUAGACAUGUUCAACUAGUAGUUAGCCUAUCUACUAGUCCCCAAUGUCUUUAGCCACCCCCCACUUAGUGUUACAUUUGUAACGUACACCCUGAAGUUUGACCCGAGUAAAUAUCGCCCCAGUCUUCCCAAGUAGUUUAGCCCAGAUUCCUCUUGUCUUGCCCCCCCGAAACUGUUUCAUGUCUUUUAGUGCCCCCGAAACUGUUUCAGUCUGUUAGUCCCCAUGAAAGAGCCCAUUUUUGUAGUUUUUGUUGCAGAAUGUUAAUAAUUUUUCCAAAGAGGUGUAAGUAUGUACACAUUUUGUUGUGAUGUUGAUUUGGUCAUGCUGUUGAUUGUAUAGGCAUGUACCAUUUCAUACAUCAUAGUGUAUUUAACUUGUAACCCCAUAUGUAUACUGGUAUUGUAUUGUAUUGUAUGUAUCGUAGAACAGAAUUGUAUGUUAUUGUAGCGUACUAACUGUAUUGUAUUGAUAUUGUACCCAUGAUGAAAGCAUUGAUUUGAAUUUUUUUGAAAAUAUUGAUGAAAUAUAUAGACAAACAGUUGAAUAAAAAAGUAACGUAAAAUUUUUUUGAAAAUUUUGAUUAAAAGUAACGUUAAAUAUUUUGAAUAUUGAAUCCAAUUAUGAAGUAUAACAGUAUGUUGUAUUUUUUGCAUGUAUUCCUAUAGAUCAACAGUUUUUUUACAGAAUAAUCGUUUUUUGUGAUUAUUGAUUUGGUCAUUUGAGUAGAUGUGUAAUGUUGUUGGUAUGGUCCGUGUAUGAGUUUAGUCCCGUAUAGUCUGUGUGAGAGAAGUUACCCCUUGUAGAAGUCACCCCGUGAAGAAGUGAAGAGGGAAACCGUGGAGAGGCCCCCCACUUCUGUGUUUUUUUCAAGCAGCCAGGAGAAAAGCUGUCACUUUUAGAUUUGAAGAUAGCGUUCUCUGUCGACACUGUUUGAGAAUAACUGUCUUGAAGUGUAGAAGUUAGCCCCUGAAAAAGCCCCCCCCCUUGUCUGUGUUGCCCCUUGUUUUUUUUUUUUUUUUUGACUAAUCUAUCUUUGUAGGUGUCAAAAGGAUGCCAGAGGUUAGUUAAAAAGAGCCCGUGAAGUAGUAGUUGAAGUCUCCCCCCCAGUGAAGUAGUUGAAGUCCCCCCGUGAAUGAAGUAUGUCUUUUUGUAUCUGACAUGUCACAAGUGUAAUACUCGUGAUGAAGGAAGUGUUGUUCAGCUAUCUGUGAACACUUUCAUUAGUAGUCGGAGCAAGAAAUGUCUUAUCCCGUGUGAGCUCAUAUAGGAACCAAAUUUCAAUAUUGUUUGUGUUUGUAAGCCCCUGAGUAUAUCUAGAAGUCAAAAAGUAUGUUGUUGUCUGUUUGUUUGUCUAUCCCUGUUUUGUCUGGAAGUUUUAGAGCCCAUUGUCUGUUGUCCCGUGUUGUCUAUUAGCCCGUGUUGUCUAUUAGCCCGUGUUGUCUAUUAGCCCGUGUUGUCUAUUAGCCUGUGUUGUCUGUUAGCCCGUGUCCGUGCUGGAGUUUGAUUUUUUUUGGCGAAUAGUUAGUUGACCUCUCUUCUCUUUGUUGAUUGAAAGUAGGCCAAGAGCAGAAGCUGUGACAAGGCUGGUGAGGUUAGGAUCUGGCCGCGUUGAGUACAGGUGAAGCUUGCUUUCGGUCGAUAAAUGGAAGCGGUUGUUCGUCAGAACUGUCAUACUUUCCAAUGUCCCUUUGGUCUUCCCCUUGCGUGUUGCUUUCAUCCCCUGUUUUGAAAAAGUAGCCCCCCGUUUUGAAAAAUAAAGUCCACCCCCAGUCUUGAGAAAUGAAAUGCCCCCAGUUUUGAAAAGUAAGUCUAUCCCCAGUUUUGAAAAGUAAAGCCCAACCCCCCUGUCUUGAAAAAUGAAGUCUAUCCCCUGUUUCGAAAAGUGAAGUGUAGCCCUGUUUUGAAAAUGAAGUCUUUCCCCAGCUUGUGAUUUGAAAAUGAGAGAGUUGUCUAGUGAACGUUCAUGAAAGGUUCUUAUGUCCUGGAUUGGACUGUUGAUUGAAAACGUAAUGAUGUAGUGUUCUCUAUAUCAUAUGUUGCGUUCAUUUCCCUUAGUCUUGUUUAAAAAGUUUGAUAUCCUGUUUGAACCCAGUAUACUAGUCUUUUUGGUCUUUUGUUGUUGUCACACAUACCCCCUCCCCCUUGUUAGUCUUGUUUUGAUUUUAGCCCUUGUUGUUGUCAUAUACCCCUUUGUCUAGCCCUGUCUUGUUUGAAUGAGUUGUUGAAGUAAGUUGUUGGUGAGAUUUUGUCUCACUGAGGUGUUUAGACUGGAUUGUCUAAAUCCUCGUUUUGCAGAACCGUUGCCGAAAUGUCCCGUGAAACUCGCUAGGUGUUAGCAGAGUUUGGGCAGAUGUUUAUCUGUCAAACAUCAACUUUUUAGUUUUUGUGAACCGCUCGCGGUUAGGCAACGAGGUGACAAGGCUGUGUCUGCCCUGGUAUGUCACUUGUGUUACUGCUGUGGAUGUCAGCGAGGUCCACACAGGGCACAAGUUUAGUUUCUUUCCCAAGGCACAGAAACUCUUGUCACCUACAGUUCUUUGUAGAGUCAAGAAACAUUUAAGUCUACUCGACUUUAAAGAGUCUGGCGAUUGAUGGCACGCUAGCCCAAUCCCUAACGACUUUUUUGUUUUGUUUAAUCCCCACUAGCCAUUAUCUAAAUAUUUUGAUAUUGUUGUCCUGUCACACCUAAGAUGUCCAUGUUGGAUUUUUUUCUGUUUGUUAUCGAAAACUGGAUAAUCUUAUCCAGGUUUCUCUUUUGCGCGGAGGCUUUGUAACGUUUGAAAAAACUCCAACAUUAAUUUAAUAUCCCAAUUCCCAAAAAGAAUGUCUAUUUUUUUAAUUUAUUUUGUGAAGUUCAAUAUCAUUAUAAGAUCCCAAGCCGACCCUGUAUACAGCCAUGAAGUAUUGCAGCAACAUUUCAAUGUGUUACAAGAUUCCUGUUUAUUUGAGACGCAAAAACAGAAUUUGUAAGAAGUGUUGACAAAAGUACAGUUCUAAUGCGUAGAUGAACUUUCUAGAACAAAUCUUGAACUGAAAGUUGAGUUCUUGUCAACUAAGCAUCCCUAAGGAUCAAAAUCGCUCGGUACUUCCGUCGUAUUUUCCCCGAUCUGUGGCUUCAGACCGAAGCGCAGAUCAGUCCGGUUUGAUUUCUUCAAGCGUGAAGAUCGCUUGCCGACUCACCCCAAAAGGGCGUGGUGCCUUUUGUUACCCGCCGGUAAAGGGUAUAGUAUGUCGUUCUGGAAGAUCUAGUGUGAGGGCACGAUGUUUUUUUUACCCCGUAGUGAAGUUGGGUGCUCUUACACUGUGUUUGAGUUGUGACGCAGUACUAUACGCCGGCGUGGUAUGAAGUCCCUGUAUCUUGUCCAAGUUCCUGUUUAAAUGAAGUCUUCCGAGUCCCGAUUGAUGUCCUGAUGUAGACAUUUUGAGUUCCAGUCCCGUGAUGUUUAUCCAGUUGAUUGCCCCGAAAUAAAAAGGAAGCCAUGAAGCCCACCUCAGGUCGAUGACCCUGCUUGUUUGUAGAUGAACCCCCUUUCCGUGUAGGUUGUGACGUGUGAUAAAGGAUUUUGUUUAAAUAUGGUAUGAUAUAUUUUUUUAAAUUUUGCAAGGAUCCCAAAUGGAUAAAUAUUUUUGUUGGUAAAGAGUUUUGAAAAAUAAUAGUUGUUUGUGCUUUCAUGAUGCAACUUGUAAAUUAAAAUGACAGUGACUUUGACCUUUGACAGCUGCGUCAAAAUUUUGUUUUGACAUACACUGUCCAACAAGUUCUUUUGUCAUUCUUUUGUUAUGUUAAAUUGAAGAUUUUUUUUGUAAUGUAAAAGAUUUGUAGAUAUUUUGUCCUGUAAAAUCAUUUUCUGUUAAAAGUUUUUUUGUUUGUUUAAAAAAAAACCACCGUAAAGUUUUAAAUAAAUGUUUGUGAAAGUGUAUCUAUCAUCUCAUUUCUGUAGCCUUUGGAAAAAUUUUAACAGAAAACUAAUGCAACUGUAUGAAAGUUUUAGUUCAGGAGAAAAGAAAGAAUAUGGCAUAGAAGCCAAUAAUAAGGAAAGAUGUUGUCCCAAUGUAACCCCAAAGAGGAAUCAAUGAUGAUUGUCCCCCCGAUUGGUACCCAAAUUGCAAUGUUAUUGCCUGGAUCACUUUCACAUAGCAGAUCAGUUAAUAACACCAGUGACAUCAGGAAGAAUUUACGUGUCCGAGAUCCUGCAGAAAAUCCUCAAUACGAUCCCGAAAAGACAUACUGCGUAGAAUUUGAAGUUCUCAAAGCUUCAAAGGCAUGCCGGAAAGAAGAUACUUAUAAAGUACUUAGAGAAGGCGAUAAAGUAUGCAUCCGAUGUGAAUCAGAAGCCUUACACGAAGACCUCAACUGGAGAUGCCAAGGCCACGGAGUCGAAGGCCACAUAACGAGAUGGUCAGCCCUUUCUGCUCCACAUUGCCACGGAAAAUGGUUGAGGGUACGCACAGAACCAGACAGAAAUUGUUCAGUUCGAACAUGCGCCGCAGGUCCGGCUUUUAUUUUUGUUUAAGUGCCAUUAAUAACGAAAAUUUGAUAAAACUUAAAACAUGAUUGUAUAUGUAAGAAAGUAAAACUUAAAGGGGGGUAUGGUUUGAAAUAUGGUCUGAAAUUUCAGAUUGAUCGGAGUAAAAUUACCGGAAAUAUAGCAUGUUGAAUAUCCCUACCUUCAACUCGCUUUUCCGCUGUUUCGAGCCAGCACGCUUGAGUGUAGUGAGAAACGUUCAACAACUGUUCCAUUUCCCUUUUGUAAAUUAAUCUGCGAUUAAAAAAUAUAUUCCGGUAUACAUCACUUUACUAUUUGAAAAACAAAAAAGAAAUUGAAAAUAAAUGUUGUCGAAACUUUGGACGCGUUUUUUUUUUCAAAACUGCUCUUUUGAAAGGCAAAGACACUGUAACUCAAAAACUACUUAACCGAUCCACCUCAAAUUUUGCACAGAUUCUUUCAAGACAUUUCGUGAGUUAACGCUCUCUAGGUAUUUGUGUUUUAUGCUAAUUUUUUGUUUAACAAUAAUAAUAUGUUGUUUUUGACCCUUUAUUUUACAAAAAAUUCCUUAUUUUGAGUUCUGAGUAAUUUAGUUUACUUCUUAGUAAACUAAAAAACUCGACAGCAAUACAGUCGAAACGCAAAUCGGUGGAAAUGCGCAUUUUAUUAAUGAAAUUCUAUAUGUUUAAGACAUUCCAGAAGCCCCUAGAAUGUUUUAACAACCCAUUAAUCAUUAUGAAUUAGUCGACGGAUAUAUGUACGGUUUUACUUUAAUGCCAAAAAAAGCAAGUUCAUUAGUGGAACCGAAUUCAAAAUUAUUUUGCACAUCAUAUUUGAAACAUUAUUUGGUUUAAAACAUCUCAUUUUUGUUGGCAAAAAAAUAUAUUAAUUUGUCUGGACUAAAUUACAGUUCUGUUUGUCUCAGAAGGUAUAUGUUAAUAUCAACAUUCGCACAAUGUUGCCAAACUGAAUUUUGUUAUAUUCGGUGCAAAUUUUCCAACCGAUUUCCGGGCCAACUAUACUUCGAGAAACUCAUAAGCCAACAAAAUAUUUUUAAAUUUUUUUGUUUCACAUGAUCCAAUGACUAGUUCUUUGAAUUGUACUGAAUAUGUUUAUUUAAUUUGAAAAUAAAAUCAAUCUACCAUAGUUUAAAAAAAAUCACAAGAAUAUGCUUGAACUAUUGAUUUCAAACCAUACCCCUACCACAUAAAACUCAACGUAUUGUAUUUAAAGUUUAUAUUAUGGCUGCAGUGCAGUGCAUGGUAUAAUAUGAAAGGUAUAUUAAAAAAUAAGUACUUACAACUCGACAGAUAGAUCUGAAACCGCCAAGGUCAGACCGAUUGAAAGCUUUGGUUACGCGACGUUGUCAGAUCAAUCGGGUUUCAAAGGUUUUUCGGUUUUUUUAUUUCUUACCUGUUUUGCAGUAAAAUUUCGUUCUGGUUCCUCUUGCGUAAAUUUUAAAACAUUGUGAGUAAUUUCACCGGAGUGUGCACUUAGUGUCCUAUUUUUUACGCAACGUGUGUCAUUUUUAUAAAAAAAGAGAGCGUGGCACUUACCAAUUUGCUAUUUACUAAUAUAAACAUUAACAUAAUUAUUUAUACAGGGUGUUUAAUUUUUUUUUAAUUAAAUUAAUUGACAAAUAGAUUAACGUAUGCAAUUUAUUUAAUUCUAAAUACAUUUUACUGCUGCCAGAAAACAGAAAAAAAUUAUUUGAAAAAUAAACAUUGAUUUUCGCUUAAACGAAAUGUUCAAACUGCCAAGAGGCAUGUGGAUAACAACUUUAACAUUGAAUUUAAGCAAAAAACAAUAUUUAUUUGUCAAAUAAACAUUUUUUCCUGUUUUCUGACAACAGUAAAAAGUAUUUUGAAUUAGAUAAAUUACAUACAUUCUUCUUUUGUCUCAAUUAAUUUAAUUAAAAAAAAAUUUUUGAAUACCCUGUAUAAAUAAUUAUGUUAAUGUUUAUAUUAUUGAAUAGAGAAUUUAAUACCAUUUCAAAUAAGCUAUCACAUGACCCCUCUUCUCAUUUAAAAAAAAUUAUUGUUACGUCAUCACGUCCAGAUGGAUGACGUCACUAGUAUGAUAUAAUAUAUGCCAAAAAAUCGUAAUUUAAAAAUAAAAAUCGACCUGUUUUGGGAUUUUUCCUUAAAGUCGCCGGUUUACGAAAUAAUGAAUUUAUGCGUUACUAUAUGGACGCACUGUAUAAUUAUACAGGGUGUCCAGAAACUCUACCGACAAACGAAGACAGAAGAUUCUUCAGAUAAUUUUAAGACAAUUUAACCCAAUUCGCUUAGUCCGAAAAUGCUUCCUAAGGGAGCUAGAGCUCUUUGAAGAUGGCGUCUUGUAAUAAGUUUUUCUUAAAUACCUCCAGAACGCCUCUAUUUAGAAAAACAAAAAUUGGUACGCUUAUUUAUCUUCUAGAGAUAACUCUAUUACAUUGAUUGCGAAUUUCUAGUACCGAUCAUAGGCGUCCGUUUUGGGUAGGGCAACGGUUAUUUUAUCGCCCAACUUUUUUGUCUUUACUUUUUAAGCAUUUUUGACUCUGAAUUAUUAAAUUGUAUGGUAUUCUAGUACUAAAAGGUACUCUUGCUAAGUCGGUAGAGUACACCGUUUUCUAGAAAAAUCGAUUUAAAAAUUUUUCGUUUUUUUAAUUUAAAAAAAAUUUUCAAAAAAAAAACUAUUUAGAAAGACGAAAACGGGUACAUUUAUUUAUAUUCCAGAGAUAAAUCGAUUUCAUUAAUUGCGAAUUUCUAGUACCGGUCAUAGGCGUCCGUUUUGGGUAGGUCAACAGUUAUUUUAUUGCAUAACUUUUUUGUCUUUAAUUUUUAAGCAUUUUUGGCACUAGAAUAUUCAAUUAUAAGGUAUUCGAGUACUAAACGUUACUCUUGCUUCAAGUUGGUAAAAUACAUCGUUUCUUUUUGAAAAUUUUUUUCAAUUUUUUUUCAAAUUUCCAGAACGAAAAACUUUCAAAUCGAUUUUUCUAGAAAACGGUGCGUCCUACCGACUUAAAACAAGAGUACCUUUUAGUACUAGAAUACCUCACGAUUUAAUAAUCCAGUAUCAAAAAUGCUUAAAAGUUAAAGACAAAAAAGUUAUGCGAUAAAAUAACCGUUGCCCUACCCAAAACGGACGCCUAUGACCAAUACUAGAAAUUCGCAAUGGAUGAAAUCGAUUCGUUUCUGGAAAGUAAAUACGCAUACCAAUUUUCGUUUUUCUAAAUAGAAGCGUUCUGGAGGUAUUUAAGAUAAACUAAUUACAUGACGCCAUCUUCAAAGAGCUCUAGCUCCCUUAGGAAGCAUUUUCGGACUAGGUGAAUUGGGUUAAAUUGUCUUUAAAUUUUCUGGGGAAUCUCCUGUCUUCGUUUGUCGGUAGAGUUUCUGGACACCCUGUAUAUACAGAGUACAGAGUGAGUUUUAUGUAUGGAACACCUACCUGAUUUUUUACUGACUUACUACCUGAGUGAUCUUGGAGGUUUCAGAUAUUUUUGUACAAUUGUACAGAUGUAUCGAGUAUUAAAAGUUUGCGUUGUAUUAGUAUUAAAACUUUUAUUCAUUAAUUGCAUGACUUAUUUGGAAAAAACAAGUUUAAUUGUUAGUCGGAUUUAGGUUUUUCACUUAUUAGUUUUAUCAUAAUUUCGUUAUGAACAUUUAUAAAAUCGUUCAACACUGACACAAAUAUCUUUUUUAUUAUUAUUUGUCUUUUAUUGAUAAUGUAUCUAACUUAAAAUAAGUUUGUAUUUAUUAAUUUUUUUGUAUAACAAAAAAUAUAAUAAAGUGAAAAAAUGAAAAAUGUAAAACAUUUAGGAAUUUUCGUUUAAUAGAUAUUUUGUUGUUUCAUAUUUUGACUAAUUUUUACAAGAAUCUGAAUAUUUCAUGUGAUCUAUAAAAUGGGAAAUCCCUCUAAUUGGCUGUAUACCAUAGCAAAAUUUACCGUAGAAGUAAAAAAGACUUCCUUUUGUAGCUGGAAUAUAUAAAUUUUAUUAAAACAUUUUCUUAAAAAGAUCUAAAAUUGAUAAAAAACUUAUCACAGAUUAACAACGUUUUCUGUCUUAGCAGACCAUCAUCAGGUUAAACUCUAGAUCGUUGUAGUUGAAACUAGCCACAUAAAUUUCGAAUUCCUCAUAAUACCAGCAAGUGCACGGUGCUAACGCACCGUUUGAUAAAAUUUUAAUCUUCUAACAUCGACUUAUUGUUGCAUCAGAGGAAGCAAAUAUGGUUUAAAAUUUGUUAUUCAGAGGUCAUGUGACCAAUUUUUGUGGCUAGUUUCAACUACAACGAUCUAGAGUUUAACCUGAUGAUGGUCUGCUAAGACCAAAGACGUUCGUUAAUCUGUGAUGUAAAGAUUUUUUCCAACUUGGAUCUUUUUAAUAAAAUUUUUUAAUACAGUCGAACCCGCUUGUUAGAAUCCCUGUUAUAGGAAUAUCCCGGUUUAAGGAAUAGAAAUUUGAGGUCCCGAAACGUUUCUAUUUACUCCUUAAUAAAUAUAACCGCUUCUAGGAAUAGGUUUUAGUGAAACUAAAUCAUCUUGGAGGAGACUACUAACUCAGUGAGAGCUUUAUUAGUGGACUGUUUAGCAUAGGGUGAAUUUAAAAUAGAAUAAAAAAAAUAACAGUAAAAAAAACCAGACCUUAAAGUAAAUUGUAAUAAAAAUAUUUCCUACCUUGUCAUUUCUCGUUGCACAAGCUGGAGCAGGCCUGCUAUUUUUCGUACUGCUAUUGCUGAGUAGUAUAAAUCACUCACGAGGACUAUAUUGAGUUUCUAUACACUUUUCGGAAUAAUUGUAAGUGACUGUUAACCAGGAGAGUUGGUUGGCGAAUUGUCUUUUUAAAAUGAGGCGAGUAAGCAGGUAAUUACAUACAAAAAACUUUAAGGUUUUUACUUGAAAAUAAUGAUAAAAAUUAAUACAUACUCACUGAAUUAGGUAUUGGCCUACUCGUAUAUAUGGGGUGUCCCAUAAUAUUGAAAAGAAAAUGAAUUAAAAUAUUCUUUACAAAAACAAGAAAAUUAAAAAUUGUUAUUCCUACUUAUGUGGACGAACCAGAAACAGUACCGCUUAAUAGAAUAUUUUUCACAUAAGCCAAAAACUUUUUAUGUACAAAUUCCUACAUAUUUAAAUGGUGUCUGGUUUAUAGGGUCUGUCAGGAAAUAGUGUAUUUUAUUACUUCGUUUUGUAAAAAUUUUUUCAAAGGUACUUUUUCAUUUUUGUAAAAAAUUUUAUUGCUAGAUCAUUGUGUUGCCAGUUGCAAUAGAUUUUAAGAAACAGUUAAUUUGGAAGUCAUAACCGCUUGUAAUAUUAUAAGAAGUUUUCUUUAAGGCCAGUCCAAUGAAAAUCUCUCCCAUUUGAAAUAUUUUUUUUAAUUCUUGCUCUUUUUAUUAUUUCAUCCAUGAUCAUGUUAACUAAUAGAGAACUGAGGGAAUCCCCAUGUCUUAUCCCAUUGCCAGCUUCAAUUGAGUCAGUUAGUUCUUCUACUUGUACUUUUAUUGUAUUAGUCUGGUAAAUUUGUUCGCAAUCGGAUCAUAGUGUAGUGUGUAGUGUGUGUUGAGUAAAUGUCUUGUUACCUAGUAAAGUCGACGCCAUAAAGAGACGCUUAUUGAAUCCAAACGUCUAAGGUCCCUCCGGUGAGUACCGAUUACUGAAAUUGUUAUAAUUUAAAUUAUAUAAACAAUAUUCCACAUGCAAAUUUUAUAGGAACACGACUACAUAUAAUUUCAGAUUCUUGUAUAAUGCAAUACGACUGAAUAUAUUUACGUUUUAUAUGUAUGUAUAACUUUGAAGCUUAUUUGGAUUGAAUCAUACUAAUAUUAUGUUAAAGUAAUUUUAACCUGAAGCCGUAAUUUGUUACGAUAAGAAGGAUAAUUCUUAACAUAAAAUUGUUGAAACUUGUGUAUUUUAACAAUCAGUGGUGCUACUACAGUGUGCGGUCUACCCCAAAAAUGCGUUCUACCUGUGCAAAGUGCAUAUAGCUCUGUUAUAGUGUCCUCUGUUCCGAUCGCAAUCUGAAAAUUCCUUAAGGAUUUACGCAAAAUAAUGAAAUGCAAAAAACUUUUGUAGAAAACAAUAUUUAUUUACAAGAACCUAAUAUUACAUUUGGAGAGAAAUACAUGUAAAAUGAAAGGGGACUAAUAAUUUACAAAAAAAAGAAUAUGUGUGUACUUUGUACGCACGUAAGAAGUUAUACUUCUAUUAUAUAUGUAAUUUCAACGAAAUAAAUAUACUUAACAGUUAUAAUACAAAAAAUGAACAAUAAUUACCAAAAAUUAACCAAAACUCAACAAUGCCAAAAAAAGAAUAUGAAUCGUCCGGGAUUUGAACCCGCGAUCUCGCAAUCUCUGGAUCUCUGGUCCAAUGCUCUACCAACCAGGCUAUCAAGGCGCCUGUUAUUGACGUUUCGGAUAUACAUAAUUACACAUCACGGUGACAAGUGAAAUAUAAAAAUAGAUAUAUUUUAUUAUUUUACGCCCAAGGAAGACAAAUCCAAAGACACAAAAAUUAUAAUAAAUAAUACAUUUACUAAAAAACACUAAUAUAUUAUUUUAAUGGCUUAUAUUUUAUAAUGGAGAGGAGAUGUCUGCUUUUAAAAUUGUUUCAAUCACUUAAAACCUUGUCAUUUCUAUACAAAUUUGCCAACAUUCUUCAUUAUUUAUUUUUUAAUUGUUAUAUCCACUUGAAAAAGCAUAAGAUAACUAUUUUUAAAACACUUACCUGCAAUAAAAUAUACUCGACUCUCUGAUUCUUUAGUUUUUGUAUGAGAUCGUCCCGC